AUGGAAGAGUCUCAAUUCAAUUCAUUAUAAAAAACCAUAGUAAUCCCACCGAGAAAACUACAUUAGACCAUUUUACAAGAAUAUUAAACUGAGAAUCCGAAUUUCUCUUAAUUUAUUAACGAAACCUAAUAGAAUCCCUGUUUUAUCAAUUGCGAAUUAAUACCAAUCUUCAUUAUUUAUGAGUCUGAUGUAGAGGUUAUGCAUUCAUUCCAACUCAAGAAGGAUCAACAACUCUUACCAUCAUACCCAUCUUAUUUCCAAACCAAUCUCUAUGUCAAUAAUACUUAUACAGAAACUAAAAAAUAGAUUUUAUAAGACAAUAAAAUUAUCCAUUGCAAGAUCUUAGAAAUUAAUGUUAAUGCAGAAUAUAUUGAUCAAGAUAUAGAAUUAUUAAUCAUUGGAACUUAUGAAUAUAAGUACUGUUUUAAUGGGAUCAAAAAUAUAUUGAGAAAUGAGAUUCCCAAAGAGUAAUACAAACAAUUGCAAUAUUAACAUUCAAUCAAAGUUGCAGUAAAUAAUGCGUUCACAUUGGAAUAUAAGUAUUUUGGCGAUACGGUUAAAAUGAAUAUUGCGUUUCAAAUUAAACCUCAUAGCUAAUUGGAUUUAAUUGAAAUGGAUUUCCUUUUGAGUGAAAGUGAAAUGGUUUGGAAAGAUGUUGGAAUCCAUAGAGUUGUACCUAAGUGCAUGUUGUAAAAUAUAUCCAUUAAUAAACAAUACUUUAAUGAUGAGGAAGGAUACAUAGAAGUCUUAUUAGAUUGGCCAGCAAUGUUACAGAAUGAGUAAUUGCAACCUGAUCUUCCAUCUAGAAGAUUGAGUCUUGUAUAAGUCAAUCCAGUGUUAGAAAUUAAAACGCCUCUUUAUAUAAGAUGGGGAUAAUAAAAGUACACUAAAUGCAACAUGAUCCUAUGGAAAGUGAAACCAAUUCAAACUAUUGGGGGUGAAAUUAAAGAAGUGGUGAGAUAUAAGGAUGCCUAGAAUGAAGAAUAUUUGGCAUUGAAGAUAGUUCUAACAAACUAUUCAGGCAAAGAACACGAAAUUACAUUCUGUCCUCCAUCUCAAAUAUUUGGAAAGAAACUUAAUCAAAAAAAAGAUUAACCUCUGGUUGUGUUGGGUAUAACAUUAUCUACAGAGAAAAAUUUAGGGAUAUUGUAGCCAAAUUAAGUGUGUGAAACUAUUUUGAGAGUGUAAUUAAUCAACAAUGGAAUUUUGAAUAUGCAACAUAUCAAUCUAAAAAUAGACAAUUAGUUAACUGAGUUGAGUUUGAAUUUUUUAUAUUCUCAUCAAUGAAUUGCUGUAGGG